AUGAAGCCCAUCACCCACGCGAGCGAUCGGUUUUUCGACAACGGCACCCUCAGCUUCCGCAAUUGGCGCUCCUCCCACAGCUGUAAGCACAUUCAUGGUUUUGCAUUUGACCUUCAACGUCGGACCUUUGGUCUUGCCACCGCCGCCACACGCGAAUCUUGGUUCAUCGUCUUCCACCCCGCCGGGACCAGGAUACAUGAGCUUCCUCCUUCACGUCGAGCGCAGCGACAAGAAGUGGAAGAGGCGUCGAGGUCGAGUGCCUUACGAUACGAGCAUGCUCAAUUCAUCGCCGCCUACAUCAAGCAGCUCUUCCUUCUUAACGAACUGUUAGGUGAAGGAGUGGAAGCAUCAUGGGCCCUAGAUGGGCCGCAGGUGCAGACGAUCACAUUCAAUAAGUGGACCACCUUUCAGGAAGUGUUUAUGGAGAACUGGGGGGAGUACGUUCACGACCACACUGAAGACCCAUUUUGGUACGAGAACCAGCCGGCAUUUCACGCUUACGACUACGGUGCCAAUAUCGAGAUCCAAGUCAACGACCAUUUGCGGUCCAUGCCAAAGCAGGAGAGCCUCUGA